AUGGGCAGGCCCAGGGACCCGGAGAGGCUUGUCCUCGAGAUCUCGCGCAAGGCAACGUGCCCGUCGACGUCCGUCACAUGCGUGGAGACCCUUGAGCUGGAAUUGGCCGCCCGGCUGCUGCACCCUCGCAGGCCCUCGCUCUUUCCCUCGACAGAAUGCUUGGCUGUUGCCGCGGCGGGCAGGCAUAACCCUGUCGCCGGUGCUUCUCCCCAAUGA